AUGGAACGUGAACGAGAUCGGAGCAACGGGUUCGUCAACGCGAUAUCGCGUUCCUCGUUCCCCAGCCUCGACGGCUACAUUUACAUUAGCGUUUUCAUCGCGGCGAUCGCCUCGAUCAGCGUUUUCAGCACCUUUCAUUCACAUCCCGAGGUGGGUUUUAAGGUUGAAAAAUGUAGAAAAAAUCGAAUGAAAAAGGAAAGUCAUUUUUUUUCCAAGGCUUUAAAAACACUGCGGAAUCGGAUUAUCAGUUAGUUUUGUAAUCGAAAACAUCAAAAAAAAAAAAACUAGAAAACUUGAUUUUUAGUAGAUUUUCACCAUAAAGCAUAGGAAAUGUUCCAUUAAAGAUCCAGAAGGAGUUGAAAAAGUUCCUCAAAAAGUUCUAAAUAUGGUGGAAAAAAGUAUUUCCGUCUCCUUUUAUUGACAGAAUCCUUUUUGAGUCCUCUUUUUAGUUGCUUUCCAACAUCUUUUCCAUUAAAGGAUGUGAACUGAUUUAUUGGGGAACUUUAGUAGGAAAAAAUCGAGAAGCUUUUUUGUUCAACAAAUAAAAGAAGAUUAAUUUUUGAAGUUUCAUGAAUAUGUUUUGCUACAGCUGCACGGCAUUCUGGAAGCCGAGCUGAGGAACAUGUCGAAUUCGAUGAAUAUCAAAGGAUUCGACGUCGACUACCUUUCCUCGAUGAAAACUGUACAAAUUGCUCAUUAUGUUUUGUGCGAUUCCGCCAUGAUUUGGGUGGGUUUUUUGUUCAAAUUUCCAUGUAAUUUGGAAAUUUCCAGGUCGCUGUUAACUCAUAUUUUGCCGUUUUGGCGAUUUGCGCCAAGCUGCUCAUUCGUAUGACGUUCAAGGAGCUCUCGAGACAGGUUUUUUCCCGUUUCGAUUGAGAUUUAGGAUUUUUGAGGGUUUAGUCAAUUUAUGAGGAAUAUUGAAUUUUUAUAGAAGAAAAAUUGGAUUCCCAACCGGAAAAUGUAGCUUGAAACUCUCUUAAACAAGAAUUUACUGGACUUUUUUUUUUUCAAAAAAAGGAUUUUGUAUAUUUUUUGUCUUCAAUAAUCAUCGUUUCAUGGUGUUCAAAUGCAGAUUUUCUCUGCAUUUUUUACGCCAGAGGGAUCCCUAGAGGGGGACCUCUAAUGGCCUCUAAGUUUGCCCUAUAGGGACCUCUCUGGAGCUCUUAAGUUCAAGAAAUAUUCAUAUUAAUGAUUUCAUGAAAUUUGCUCAACAAUUUGUGUUUUUUUAAUUAUUUUUUUCCCAGGAAGAAGCACUGGCUCGUCAUGCGUUCUUCUCGUAUUUGUUGUUCAGGUAACUUUUUCAAUUUGAUAUUUUUUCGAUUGAGAAGAAUUCAUAUUUUCGUGAAGCGAAUUUAAAAUUUACUAUGUUUUUUUUCUUACUUAGCUUUUUUAGCACCAGCCUGUCGCGUUCUUUUUUUUCUGCAAAAAUACCGUGUUGAAACAAACUUUGCUUCAAAAUUUCCGUUUUUGCUCAUUUUUUUGCAGUUCUUAAAAGGAAAUUAGCUAAAAAGCUGUGUUUACAGUAGCUUUUACGGAAUAUGGUGAUCUCCUGUUGCAGUAUUGUGUUCUUGUCGGUGGUGACUGGCGCCCAGCGCAGCCACCGCGUCCUGCCUUGGCUUCUGUGGCUGGGCAUCUCCGGGUUCAUUUCCACCGUUCAUUAUGUCAUCUAUCAGCGCUUCAAAGUGGUUCGUUUUGCAAAAUAAGAAUAGCUUUUCCCAAAAUAUGGUUUUUCUUCAGAUUUCCUCAUCUUCUGGACCUCGAAGCGAGCGAAUUUCCUGUUUGUCUAUGUUCAUGUUCAUGCUGUCGUUGGCCAUGACGAUGUGCGUCUUGAGGAUCCAGAGUCUUCUUUCUUGGCAUUCGUUCGCCUUGUUGGCGGUUGAUGUGGGUUUGAAGAAAUGUUCGGAGCUGAACAAAUCUUGUCCGUAGAGCAACUUUACUGAAAUGCGCUCUUUUGGUGUGUAACUAAUUUUUCUCCAAGACUAGAGACUAUUGUACAUUAGUAUACCGCGCGAUAGGAAAUACAGAGUUCUUAAAAAUGGGACAUUUACCUCAAAUUUCGUUUUUUACCGCCCUUAUGCCUUUAGCCUUAUUUUAUUUUAGUAAAACUCAAUAUUUCAUAGAAAAUUAUGAUCUGGAAGGUCAAACCGACAGUUUUUGUUAGUUUCGAUUUCAACGACUUUCAAUCUUUUUCUUCUGUCCUCUCGUUUGCACAGUUCCAUUGAACCUCUGAAUACCUUUUCCAGUGCCUGAUGGCCCUCUGCCGGUCUUCCCAUUCUUUGCUCCGUUGCGUGUCGUCGUCGCGGAUUUUCGCCUCGAGACCCGACCGCGUUCGGCAUUUCAACUAUUGGCUCGACCUCGUCGUCAAUCUCGCCACCGAUGGACUGAGAUUGCUUAAUUAUGUGCGUUUUUGAGGCUUCAGAAGAAGUUUGAAUUAAAAAAAAUAGCAAAAGUCCAGAAAUUUGGCUUUUGACAGUAUAGUCUGCUCAGAUUUAAAAUGUCUAUGACAUCUUUCGCUCUGUGGUUGGCUCGCUCACUGAUUGGUUUAUCGCGCCAUUAGGGGCGGAGCUUGAACGAUAACAUUCAAAAUCCGGAAAGACUAUAAAAUGUCGCAUAAAUUUGGCGUUUUCUUUUUUUUUUAUUUGCUGAGCCAUCCCUCGUGCGACCAUAGGAGUCACAAUCUAGAAAAGAACUUAAAAAAAAAAAAAGAAACAAGCUGGUGGAGAAAAGGUUUUUUUAGGCACACUUGAUGUUGUUCUCACCUGGCGUCAAUCUCACCUGCGUUUUUUUCUUUUAUCACAUUCGUCUAACCUAUAAGUGAGUUUGGAGGGACGGUAGUUUAUUCACAAUGAGAUUCUUUUUUAGCAUUGCAUUUGUUCAAUUUUAUACCGGAAGGAUUUUUUCCAACCAAAUUAAACUCUCUUAGCAUUUUGUAUUUGGUAUUUGUUGAAGCGAAACCCUUCAGGAUUCUCGAAAUACCGAUUUUUUCCCCUUUUCGGGACAAACUAGAAAAAAUUGGUAUUUCAAAACUUCAAAAUUUUAUAUCUCGGAUCAAAAUGCUCAAAAGCAAAAGUAAAGUUUUUCCACGUUUUCAGGGAGUCCUCUUUCAUAUAGAACCAUCUGGUUACCUCAAGUACCUUUAGGGAUCAGACAAUAUCGACUUUUCUUUUUGGCAUGAAUAAUGUAUUCAGCUGCAUCCUGGAAGUUUUGUCACGCCAUCAGCGUCACAAGCGAAUUUUCGAACACAUCGAGAGGAGUUAUCCGUUGGUCAAGUCGGUGGACGACACCGAUCGGUGUGUCGGUGAGUUUUCCAUACGGGAAAUGGAGCCCCUGAACUGUGAAUAGAAUCGAAAUUUCAAAAAAUCAAAAGUUUUUCUGUAAAGUAGUUGUUCUCUUUUCCGAUGACGUUCAACUUAUAUCAAAAUUUCGACCUAGAUAUGAAAUUCAAACCUUUAUCACUUUCCUAGUUAUCUCUCUGAUACCAUUUCUGAUCAAAUAUGUAGAUUACUAUUUUUUUUUACCUUUUGCAGUUUGCUGGGAAUGUCUCGGCGAGUCGCGCCGUCUCCCCUGCACCCACCAGUUCCACGACUGGUGUCUCAUGUGGUGGCUGGCCCAGGACUCGUCGUGUCCGACGUGUCGACGGGUCAUCUCCUCGCCCCAUUCCUACAACGGCGAAGGCGCCGGAUCCGUCAACGCCAUGCCGCCGUCGCCGCAAAACACGACGUUCCGCUUCAACGGAGGGUUCGUUUUGAAAUAAUAUGCUCACUAGGGAUCGUUUUUUUCUCCCCGGUUGAACUUUUGCUGAAACUUCGCUGAAGUGUACUUUAGGACCCCCUGAUUCCAGAACAAAAAGAAAAUUUUUCGCAAUAGAUCUCGUUUUCGAUUUAGGACACUUCAAAAGCCCGAAAUAGCGCUUUUUUGGCCUAAUUUGCGUAUUUUGUACACAAAAAACGUUCCCUGGUCAGUGGGAUCCUAGAGGAGUCUCCUUAGGGGCCCCACUGAGCAUAUCUUGAAUUUUUUUCUUUAGGAUUCACCCUUUAUUAUUGAUAUGAACUUCAUGAGAAAAAGCAUCACCAUGCGAAAAACUCGAUAACUGGGCGCUGUUUGAAAAAAAAAAAUGAAAAGACCCUAUAGGGACCCUUCAAGUGUGAGACCCGAGACUCCUAUACGGUGUUGGGGGCACUUUUUUGUUCUUUAUAGAGAUUGUUUUGUCCCUAACCUUUAUAGCGACCACUUGGAGUUCUUAAGGUGAUGAUUUUUGUAGUUUAGAAGAGCGAAAAGUGUCUAUCCCGAAUUUAAUGUCAAUGACGUCACGAAAAACUCCUUUCCUGAGUGCUCGCUCUCUGAUUGGCUAACACAUCAUUAGGGGCGGAGCUUGAGGAUGGCUUGACCUUCAAAAUCUGAACAAACUAUUUCGCCUCCUUAAAUGAUUAUGCAGUUGAUUCACGACUGGUUUGAAGCCAUUGAAAUGGUCCUGACACGAAAUAUAGAGAUAGUUUCUAAUUGGUGGAGGGCGCAGGCAAGCCACGCCCCUUCGCUUUCUAAUUUACUAUGAAAUAAGUGUUUUAUUGGCACGAGAUCGAUAUGAAGUGUUAGCUCGGUUCGAAGAGUAAAAGCCAAAUUGAUCUUUGAAAACUUUUUAAAUGUUUUUUGUGCCUCCCGGCGAAAGUUGUUUUUAGUCGGACGCAUAUCCCAGUAACCGCUUUUCAAUCGUUAAUUUUCUCUCUGGAAAAAAUGAUUUUUUGCAGCGGUGUCUCAUUUUUCCGGCUGCCGGCGUUCUCCAUCGAAAUAUCGACUGGAAUUGGGCCGUUUUUCCGUCGGAAUGUCCAAACGGACGAGUCCCAGCUGGCCGUCAUGGCUGAUCAGGCAGGAAUCUCAACGUUUCAGAGAUAAAUGGAGAUCUUUGAAGGUUCGCGAGAUGUUUCCCCAAAUGGGAAUGGAGGCGAUCCUGGAGGACUUGCGAAUGAGCGGAUCGGCUCAGGCGACCAUCGAGAACAUCCUCGAGGGCCGCGUCAUGUUCGGCGGCGUCGCCGACAUUUCUGUCGAUGAUGUGGGCAUUCCCAAAAUUUUUUCCUCGAGAAUUUGCUAUCCAGUAAUAGGGUUUCACAUGGGAGUUCCAGAAAAGCUUGAUUUGGCUAUUCUAGUUUUCUUUCUAGUAAAGUUGUGGACGAACAUAGAAAGGCCAGAAGCGUUGCGCGUUUACACUUGCUCAAAUUGGUAAAAAAAAACCUACUCGCGCGCAAGUCGUUAUGAGGUCGGGCGUAGUUUUUUUUCAGUAGUUAUCAACUUUUUCGAUAUCCAAGUUUUGCAGAAAUGUUAUCAAAACUGAUAGAAAUAAAGUAAUUUUGUUGUUAUUGCGGUAGUUUUUCUCCAGGUUUUCAGGUAGAUUCGUGUUGAAGUUAAUAUUAAUUUUCAUAAAAUUUGAAGUUCAAAUGGAUGUUAAUAGUCUUGGAUUUAGUGUGGAAACAUAUUUUUAUAAUAAACUGUGUUUUCAUACGGCCAAGAUCAAAAGAAAAUCUUAGUUUUCACCGACUUUGAACGGAGUAUCCUUUUUGCUAAAUAUGGUUUUUGAUGAGUUGCAGAGCGACGACGACUCGUGGCACGGCGACAGCGACGACGCCUCGUCGCGACACGCCGACGAACAGGCGUCGAUCGACGGAUUGGCCUCUGGCGACGGCGGCUGCGCGGCUUUCGCGAGUCUUGAGGAACGCGAAGACGAGUCCUACUUCGUUCGCGAACGGCGACUGAUGAUCGAGAAGUAUCGGAAGUGGGUUCGGAGCAAGGAAAUAGUGCUAGUCUCGAACAUUUCUUGCUAAGAAGUCAUUUGGAAACUGAUUUUCCUUAAUUUUCGAAGAAAAAACUUGAAAAUUUCAUCUCAGAAUUUGUCGGAAGUGAAUUCUGGCAAAGGGCUAGAUCUUGAGAAUUUUAUUUAGAACAGAAUUGAAAUCUUCGCGAUUAAUCGAAGAAAAAAGCUUCGAAAGUCCAUCCCAGAAUGUAGGUCGGGGCCUAGUUUGGGAGGAAAAUUUAAAAAUUUCAAUUAGAAAUAAUUUUUUUUUCCCGUUUUGAAUCAACUAGAAUAUGCAUCUUUGGAGCUAAUGAUUAAAAAAAGAAGAAAAAAAGAAGAAAAAUUCUCAAUCGAAUCCCAAAAAAAUCAUAGAAACGAGUGUGAAAAAAGAGUGUGUAAAUAGAAGAGCCUUCUAGAGAACUUUAACCGUCUGUGUCUCUUCCUUUCCCCUACUUUCUCUCAUCCCAAUUGAACUUUUCCAGGCGAUACAUCGACUCGAGCAAAGGAGCCGACCUCCGGGCUAAAGGAAUUACAUUUUGA